AUGACUCCCAAGGUUCUCGUUGUCCUCACCUCCCACGACAAGCUCGGCGACACCGGCCACCCCACCGGCUGGUAUCUGCCCGAGUUCGCCCACCCCCAUGAAGUCCUCCACAACAAGGUCUCUCUGACCAUUGCCUCCCCCAAGGGCGGCGAAGCCCCCCUGGACCCGGCCUCCGUGAAGAUGUUCGAGUCAGACGCCACCUCCCAGACCUUCCUCAAGGAGCAAAAGGCCCUGUGGACAAACACCCACAAGCUCUCGGACAUUGUGCCCCGCGCCGCCGAGUUCGACGCCAUCUUCUACGUCGGCGGUCACGGACCCAUGUUCGAUCUCACCACCGACCCCGUCUCCCUGGCUCUGAUCCAGACUUUCGCCGCGGCCAACAAGCCCGUCGCGGCCGUCUGCCACGGACCCUGCGUCCUCUUGAACGCCACCGCACCCUCCGGCGUGCCUCUGAUUUCCGGCGCCACAGUCACCGGAUUCUCGAACGAGGAGGAAGACGCCGUGCAGCUCUCCUCCGCUAUGCCAUUCAUGCUUGAGACGGAACUGGGCCGUGUCUCGGGUGGCAAGUAUGUGAAGGCUGAUCAGGCGUGGGGCGAGAAGGUCGUUGUCGACAAGGCUUCUACUGGCUCUGUGCUGAUUACCGGCCAGAACCCUGCUUCUGCUACUGGUGUUGGUAAGGCUAUUUUGGAGGCUUUGGGAUUGUAA